UAUAAGUAGCGCGUACUUGCGGAGGUCCAUCUAUUUGACGAAAAAGUAAAGGAUGUUUCCGCCCGGUCUCGAACCGGGGACCUUUCGCGUGUUAGGCGAACGUGAUAACCACUACACUACGGAAACAACUGAAUGCUGUAUCGCACCCAUAUCCUCUGAUGACCAGACCCGUAUACUGAUACAGACAGAUAUGGCUGAGCAGCAGACAGGGCAGCAGGUUAGUAUUAGAGGUUUGGUUGCAAAAGAAAUGAACAAUGUAGGUUGCAGUAGACGAAUAAAUACAAGGCGGCGGCGGCGUCAAGACGGGGCUCCCGAAUGUCAUUUGACCUCGGUCCAUCUUCUCUGUGCUGCUUCUCCGCGGUCUGGAGAAAGCUUUACUUUUGGUAUCCCCAAAUUUGGCAUAGCUACACCUAGUGCUGAAGGUGUUCCUGGUGUAGUUACAACUGUCAGUUCAUCAGAGGAAAAAGAGAACAAACCUUUGUUUUCAUUCCAAGCACAUAAGUUGGAGUCUCAAUGGAGAGACGUGGAGUGGACAGAGGAGAAAAAGACAAGCCUGAUGAAGACCAUCACCUCCUACAGACCUAGGUGUGAAGAGGUAUCUCAGGCUCGGGUUCUCCUCCUGGGCCCAGUCAGUUCUGGAAAGUCCAGCUUCAUUAGUUCAGUCCAUUCGGUGUUUAAUGGAAGAGUCACCAACCGGGCCAUGGUGGGCUCCUCUUCGACCAGCUUCACCAAGAAGCUGCAGUCCUUCAACAUCCAUUGUCAGAAAGGAGACAGCCCUAAUGGACUGGUGCUGUGUGAUAUUAUGGGCCUGGGGGAUGGAGAGAUGAGUGGAUUGAGCCUCCAUGACAUCCUUUCUGUCAUUAAAGGUCAUGCACCUGAGGGACACAAAUUUAGUCUAGAUCAGCCAGUGAGGUCUGAGACUGUGGGUUAUGUGAAGAGGCCAAGCCUCAAAGACAAGAUCCACUGUGUGGUAUUUGUGGUGAACGCCUCUAAAAUGCUGACCUACCCUAAAGGUCUCAGCACCACCUUCCAGCAGCUCAGAGAGCACAUCAGUGAUCUGGGUGUUCACCAGGUGGCUUUGCUGACACACAUAGACCAAAUUUGUCCAGAAACCAACAAAGAUGUCACCCAUGUUUACAAAAGCCGCAGCAUUCAGGACAUGAUGGGUAAAGCUGGAGCUCUGUUGGGUAUGUCCACCUCCUACAUCGUCCCGGUGAAGAACUACUCGUCAGAGUUGGACCUCGAUGUGAACACUGAUGUGCUUUUGCUUAGUGCAGUCGACCACAUCCUGCAGUAUGCUGACCUGUAUUUCCAGGAUCAUGCACCCCAAUACACAAAGAUAGAGCACGCAUGAACUUUUGCAAUAUGUACUCAAAAACAUUUAAAUUUACUUUCUCAUAAUGCUUUUUACUAAUGGACAAAACUAAAUAAUUCAGAAUAAAAUCAGAUAUCUGUCAUCUGUCAUAUUUGAUGACAGAUGACAUCAAAUGUGUUUUGUUGCUUAGUGUCUUGUACCUGUUUUAGAAAACAAGUCACCAGUUCUCUUGUAUUUAAAAUGUUCUCUUACAAUAGAUAGAAAUGGAGCUGAAGUCAGAGAGAAGCUCAGCUAAACUUUACUUCUGUACUUGAGAUCAUUUUGCUCACUGGUCAACUCCUCUCACCUCCUGCAUGAUACUGUGGAGGCCUUUUUUUCUUUUUUUUCCCUUUUUUUUGAAUAUUGCCUUUUUCUGAGACAAAGUUCAGUUUAAUUUUGAAGGCAAAAGUAUUCAGGUCUAGAUUUCCUAUUCUGACUUAAAAAGUUAAAAUGUUAAGUUAAAUAAGUUAAUAAUUGAGAAGGUAAAAAUUCUAAAAAAAAGUCUAUAUUCCUUGGUUGUGUGAAACCGCGUCAGAGUGAGUGCUCUAUUUUUUGAUUUAGAUAAACUGCGUCGGUGUGAGCACUCUGUUCUUUAAUUUCCAGCUAUGUUGUGUUUUUCUGCGGCAUGUGCAGUUGAGCACAUGAAUUAGCACAGAGAAGCAAAGUAAACAGCUAAAUCAUAUUGUUUAAGUGUUUUCGACACUUUUGCCUUGGAAAAUAAUUAUCUGUAAGUAUUACUGUAUAUGUGGACAGUUGUUAAAUGCUCUCAGCAGAUGCUAACUCUUUUCAUUUUUUAUUGAUUAUGGAUGCUGAUUGAAAUGUUCUUAUACAAUGCUUUGUUUGUACAGUGUUUAACAGUUGUGUUCUUAUCUAUAAUAAUUUCCAGUUUUACAUAGGAAAAAUAAGACAAAGAGGACUUCAUUAAAGUACGAGAAAAGUCAA